GCGAGGUGCUCAAUGAAACUGCCGCGUUUCGCUUCGCUUGUCGCCGCAGCCGCACGGCGAGCAGCGAUGCCUGAUCCCACAGGGUCAUGAGGACACCAACACACCUCAAAGCCUCUGAAACCCCCUCGGAACUCGCACGGCCGCUCUCUCUCUCUGCUUCUCUCUCUGCCCACUCACCAUGCCCAUAUCGCUCAAGCAGGUCCAGGAGCACAACUCCAAGCAGAGCACCCCUGGAGGCGCCAAGAUUAUACUCCAGUACGCAGGCAAGGACGCUACCGAAGCGUACGAGCCCAUACACCCCCGGGACGCCCUGGACAAGAACCUGCCUCCAGAGAAGCACCUCGGCGAGCUCGAGGCUUCCGCCGCACAAGACUUGGACAAUGCCCGGCGCAACAAGAAAAAAUCCGCGGACGAGAUCCGCGCCGAGAGAGAGCAGGCCAACAAGCCCCCUCUGAGCCACAUCAUCAACCUCCAUGACAUGGCGCAAGUCGCCCGCAAAGUCCUGCCGUACAAGGCCUUCGCGUACUUUGCUUCCGCCUCGGACGACGAGCUCACGACCCACGAAAACGCGCGCGCCUUCUCGCGCUUCUUCUUCCACCCGCGCGUGCUCCGCCCGCUCUCCAACUGCGACCCCUCGACGACCAUCCUGGGCUACAAGUCCGCCCUGCCCAUCUUCGUCAGCGCCUCAGGGCUCGCAAAGCUCGGGCACCCCGACGGCGAGAAGAACAUCGCGCGCGGCGCGGGCCGGACGGGCAUCAUCCAGAUGACCCGCGCCGAGAGAGAGCAGGCCAACAAGCCCCCUCUGAGCCACAUCAUCAACCUCCAUGACAUGGCGCAAGUCGCCCGCAAAGUCCUGCCGUACAAGGCCUUCGCGUACUUUGCUUCCGCCUCGGACGACGAGCUCACGACCCACGAAAACGCGCGCGCCUUCUCGCGCUUCUUCUUCCACCCGCGCGUGCUCCGCCCGCUCUCCAACUGCGACCCCUCGACGACCAUCCUGGGCUACAAGUCCGCCCUGCCCAUCUUCGUCAGCGCCUCGGGGCUCGCAAAGCUCGGGCACCCCGACGGCGAGAAGAACAUCGCGCGCGGCGCGGGCCGGACGGGCAUCAUCCAGAUGGUCUCGUCCAACGCGUCGCUCUCCUACGCCGAGAUCGCCGGCGCCCGCGUCGCGCCCGACCAGGUCAUGUUCUUCCAGCUCUACAAGAACAAGAACGACGACACCGCCGCCAAGCGCGUGCGCGAGGUCGAGCAGCUCGGCUACAAGGCCAUCUUCCUCACCGUCGACGCGCCCUUCCCCGGCAACAGGGAGCGCGACGCCCGCGCGGCGUGGGAGCUCAAGGAGCUCGAGCGGGCUGCGGAGGCGGGCGAGAAGGGGGGCUCGGCCGAGAUGCCGCUGACGACGAAGAAGCUGGAGCAAGUCGAGGAGGACGUCGACACGGGUGGCACCGCGAGCGCGUUCCUCGCGAACGACGAUGUGGACAUGACCUGGGACAAGGCAGGUUCUUUCCCUACCAUCCCCUGGCUGCGCAGCGUCACCAAGAUGCCCAUCCUCCUCAAAGGCGUCCAGUGCGUGCAAGACGCGGUCCUGGCCGCCGAGGCCGGCGUCGACGGCAUCCUGCUCUCCAACCACGGCGGCCGGCAGAUGCCCUACUCGUUGCCCCCGCUCGAGGUCCUCUACAGGAUCCGGCAGCAGCGCCCAGACCUGUUCGACAAGAUGGAGAUCUACAUCGACGGCGGCAUCACCCGCGGCAGCGACGUCCUCAAGGCCGUCUGUCUCGGCGCGAGGGCCGUCGGCCUCGGACGGCCGUUCCUGUACGCGCAGAGCGCCUACGGCACCGAGGGCGUCGUCAAAGUCAUACGCAUCCUCGAGCGCGAGAUCUACAUGUGCAUGCGCCUCAUCGGCGCGCGCACCGUCGACGACUUGGUACCCCAGAUGUCCAGAGCGCGUCGCUUAGACAGCACCGCAGCCGACUUUGACUAA